AUGUUUACAGAGUAUAUAGGUAAAGAUAAAGACGUUGAAGGCUUGGGUUUCAGUAAAGUACAAAGGAUAAAAUGGAUAUGGAAUCCAGCACUAAAAGAAGGAACGCAGGACGAAUCCAAGUCAUCGGAAGCCUCGUUUGCUUAUUCCUUGUAUGCCAAAAAGUACCAUGAUAGGAAAAGAGAAAAGAUUGAGGUCUAA